AUGGCUCCUGUUGGUGGCGGGGCUGCCGAGUUCGAGGCUGCCGCUUUGGCUCGCCGCAAGGCUCUCUCCGGAGCCACGGGGCCUAUGGCCUUGGUCAAGAACUUGAAGGUCUUUGGCAUUGCAUGCUUUGCGUGCUUGGGUGGCCUGCUUUAUGGUUACAACCAAGGUGUAUUCUCUGGUGUUCUUACCAUGACUUCUUUCAAGGAGCACAUGGGCGACUAUAUUGAAGAUGCCGACAAGCUCACAUGGAACUCCUCCAAGCAGGGUUGGCUCGUCUCUAUUCUCGAGCUCGGAGCCUGGCUCGGAACUAUGUACUCUGGAUUCCUCGCUGAGAUUUUGUCUCGUAAAUACGCCAUUCUCGUCAACGUCGCUAUCUUCAUCAUCGGUGUUGUGAUUCAGACAACUUCGAUUAGCGCUGGACACAACGCAAUCCUCGCGGGACGAUUCAUCACAGGUAUGGGGGUUGGUUCGCUCUCCAUGAUUGUACCCAUGUACAACGCCGAGAUCGCGCCUCCUGAGGUCCGUGGUGCGCUUGUCGGUCUUCAGCAACUCUCCAUCACUCUCGGUAUUAUGAUAAGUUUCUGGAUCGACUAUGGCACGAACUUCAUCGGUGGCACUGGUCGUAGCCAAAAGGAAGCGGCAUGGCUUCUCCCACUCUGUCUGCAACUCGUCCCGGCUGUCCUUCUUGGUGUGGGCAUGAUCUUUAUGCCUUUCUCCCCACGUUGGCUGGUCCAUCAUGACCGCGAGCCUGAAGCUCAACGGGUUUUGGCUCAACUCCGAAGCCUACCAGAGGAGCACGAGCUGAUCGAGCUUGAAUUUGCUGAGAUCAAGGCACAAUCGCUCUUCGAGAAGAAGUCCCUCCGCGAGAACUUCCCACAUCUCCAGGAUAUGAGCGCGUUGUCGACUUUCAAGCUGCAGUUUGUUGCUAUUGGCAGUCUCUUCACUACCAGGGGUAUGUUCAAGCGCGUUAUCAUCGCGACCAUGACGAUGUUUUUCCAACAGUGGACGGGUAUCAACGCAAUUUUGUACUACGCGCCCACCAUCUUUUCAGGAUUGGGUUUGAGCUCCAACUCAGUGAGUUUGCUAGCCACGGGUGUGGUCGGUAUUGUUAUGUUCAUUGCUACCAUUCCCGCCGUCAUGUACGUGGAUAGCUGGGGUCGUAAGCCAGUCCUUGUCAUCGGUGCUAUCGGCAUGGCACUCUGCCAUUUCAUCAUUGCUGCCAUCGUUGCCAGCUUUUCCGAUGACUGGCCAAACCACCAGGGUGCCGGUUGGGCCGCCGUCGUUAUGGUCUGGCUGUUCGUCAUUCACUUCGGUUACUCCUGGGGCCCUUGUGCCUGGAUCGUGGUUGCUGAGAUCUGGCCCUUGUCUAACCGUCCAUAUGGUAUCGCACUUGGCGCAUCAUCCAACUGGAUGAACAACUUUAUUGUUGGUCAGGUCACACCCGACAUGCUCACGCACUUGAAGUACGGAACUUACAUCUUCUUCGGUAUCUUCACCGCUAUGGGAGCUGCCUUCAUCGCCUUCUACUUCCCCGAGACUAAAGGUCUCACCCUCGAGGAGAUGGACACGCUCUUUGGUUCCGUCGGUACUGCUGAGCGUGAGAAAGAGCGCUGGAGGGAGGUCCAUGCUGAGGUCGGGCUCACUGAGCUCCUCCGUCGGGCUGGUGUAUACAACGGAAGUGAUGAACACGUUGCUGGAGGUGACAUGGAAAAGCCUGUCCUAGAGACCAAGCACGAGGAGCACACUCCUGUUGCAUAG